GAAAACGUCAACGUUUAAUCAUCGCUUAACCACUGGCUAUUAGUUCGCAUCUCGAGCAGUCGUCUCUGCCAUUUUUGGGCUUUCAAUCAAACCCUAGAGAGAAAGCAGAGUCACCAGCAAUGGCGAUGAAGAAUCUUCUGACCUUAGCUCGCCGAUCCCAGAGGCGUUUGGCUCUGAAUCAAGCGAUACGAGCUUCCUCUUCGGUUUCAGCUCUCGAUUCGGCGUCUUCCGCAUCCCCGGCGGCUCAAUCCCCUACGCCGCCAAUUCUCAUGCCCUACGAUCAGGCGGCCGAGAUUACGAAAAACAAGAUCAAGAAGCUCGAGAAUCCGGAUCAGAGAUUCUUAAGAUACGCAUCGCCGCAUCCGACCCUUGCAUCCCACAAUCACAUCUUGUCAGCACCGGAGACUCGUGUCACCACCUUGCCCAAUGGUCUACGAGUCGCUACUGAAUCCAACCUCUCGGCGAAGACGGCCACCGUUGGAGUCUGGAUCGACGCUGGAUCUCGGUUCGAGUCGGAUGCCACGAACGGCACGGCUCACUUUCUGGAGCAUAUGAUAUUCAAAGGCACGGAGAGGCGUGGCGUCAGGGCGUUGGAGGAAGAGAUCGAAGAUAUCGGCGGUCAUCUGAACGCGUACACGUCGAGGGAACAGACCACUUACUACGCUAAAGUGAUGGAUUCGAAUGUGAACCAGGCGUUAGAUGUCUUGGCUGAUAUCUUACAGAACUCCAAGUUUGACGAGCAGAGAAUUACCCGGGAGCGAGAUGUCAUCCUCAGGGAAAUGCAGGAGGUUGAGGGACAAACCGAUGAAGUUGUUCUUGACCAUUUACAUGCCACGGCAUUCCAAUUCACACCUCUUGGAAGAACUAUUCUGGGACCUGCUCAGAACGUCAAGUCGAUCACCAGAGAGGAUCUACAGAAUUACAUUAAGACUCAUUACACAGCUUCCAGGAUGGUGAUUGCUGCUGCAGGAGCUGUCAAACAUGAGGAAGUUGUUGAGCAGGUGAAGAAGCUAUUUACCAAGUUGUCGUCUGAUCCAACAUCCACUGCUCAACUUGUUGCCAAAGAACCUGCUAGUUUCACAGGCUCUGAGGUGCGAAUGAUUGAUGACGACCUACCCCUUGCUCAAUUUGCUGUUGCCUUUGAGGGAGCAUCUUGGACAGACCCAGAUUCCGUUGCCCUGAUGGUUAUGCAAACCAUGUUGGGUUCAUGGAACAAAAAUGUUGGUGGUGGCAAACACAUGGGUUCUGAUCUGACCCAGAGGGUUGCCAUUAAUGAAAUAGCGGAAAGCAUAAUGGCAUUCAACACCAACUACAAGGAUACUGGACUCUUCGGCGUUUAUGCAGUUGCUAAGGCCGAUUGCUUAGAUGAUUUAUCAUAUGCCAUUAUGUAUGAGGUAACCAAAUUGGCCUGCCGAGUUUCAGACGCUGAUGUGACACGUGCACGGAAUCAGCUGAAAUCAUCGCUGUUGCUUCACAUGGAUGGAACCAGCCCAAUUGCUGAAGAUAUUGGUCGUCAGCUACUGACCUAUGGGCGUAGAAUCCCAACCGCUGAACUCUUUGCUAGGAUCGAUGCUGUUGAUGCCAGCACAGUUAAACGUGUUGCCAACAAAUAUAUCUAUGACAAGGACAUAGCAAUCUCAGCGAUUGGUCCAAUCCAAGAUUUGCCAGACUACAACAAGUUCAGACGCAGAACCUACUGGAACCGUUACUAAGGCUCUGAAACAACAACGGUCACAGAAUCCCAAGGUUCUCCCACGGGUAGAUUCCGUGGGCGGAUGGAGCAGAAGAAGCUGAUGCCUGGCUUCAUUAUUUUUGUACUGUAAUUUCCCAUCAUCUCUGGUAAAAAUAAGUGUGUACCUUUACUCUUUAUCUCUCUACAGGAAAAUGCUAGAGAUCCUCUGUUUUAUUUUUAUUUUUUCUUUUCCUCAUAAUUUUCCCAUACACACUAAUAAUUUGCUGGGCGUUUGUUUAAAACUAUAAUUGGAAUCAUUAUUUCCUCUCUUCUGCGUUCCUCUAUAUUUUAGGUUUAUAUGUAGUAUAUGUAUCUUUGUGUUUUAUUUUCUAAGCGUUGCGAUAAUAUGCAU